AUGACCAAGCCGGUUCUAUCGGAUCGUAAGAGAGUCCCAAUGGCAAAGUCCCUCUACGAUGAUUUCGUUGCUGUGCAUUAUACCAGCUUCAAGAACACUCAUCUUACAGCUUCCUUCUUCGCAUGGCAUCGAUACUACUUGGCAACAUUUGAGGAAAAGUUGCGCGCAGAUUGCGGCUACAAAGGCGCCCUUCCGUACUGGGAAUGGGGCCUAGACGUCAAAAACCCAGCCGCAUCGCCUGUCUUUGACGGCUCCGACACAUCCCUAGGGAGCGAUGGCGCUUUCAUACCCCAUGAUGGUCUCCGCCUCCGUCAACUAUUCUCCAAGAAUCUUAUCGCUCUUGAGCCAGGAUCGGGCGGCGGAUGCGUCUUAUUGGGACCCUUCUCAAAUAUGACGGUUCACAUUGGUCCAGCCGCCCUCGCGCAGUACGGCUCCGAAGUGCCAUUUAACGUCACAAAUCCCCUCGAAGAUCUCCCACGGUGUCUCAAGCGCGACUUGAACAAGUUUGUCGCAUCGACAUACUGUUCUUUCCGGAACACGACCACUCUCAUCACGGAUCAGACUACCAUCAAAACUUUUUCAUCGCUCCUCCAGGGAGACGACAGAUUUUUCCCGAAUACGCUUGGAGUCCACGGUGGGGGACAUUUCAUUAUCGGCGGCGAUCCUGGUGCCGACGGAUCAAUAGCGCCGGGUGAUCCCGCAUUCUGGCUUCAUCAAGCGCAGGUCGACCGCGUAUAUUGGAUCUGGCAGAAUCAGGACUUUGCGAAUCGGCAGGGCGUCUUUGGGACGUUUACACUGCAGGAUAAUCCCAAAAGUCCAAAUGGAAGUGUUUAUGACCAGAUCGACCUGACACCGCUCAACAAGCCUGCCAGGAUAAAGGACCUUAUGAACACGGCUGGAGGCACCCCGUUAUGUUACAUGUACCAAUAG